AAUGAUGAUAUUGAAGUGUCAAAGAAUUUUGAUGUACUAAUGUGGGUGUGUGUGUCUGACUCAUUUGUUGUUAAUAGGAUAAUAUUCCAAAUUGUUGAAGUUGCCUCAAAACCAUAUAUAGUUGAACAAAAUUCUAGUUUGGAUGCUUUGAAAUCUCUUCUUGAUCAGAAAUUACAUGGUAAGAGGUUCCUGCUCGUGCUAGACGAUGUCUGGAAUGAAAAUCUCUCUAAAUGGAAAGUAUUGAGGGACUACCUAUUCACAGCGAGCAGCGAUAAAGAAUCGAAAGGCAGCAAAAUCAUGGUGACUACUCGUAGCAAAAAUGUUGCCUCUAUUAUGGGAAGCAAUCUUCAAUUUGAGUUGAAACCAUUUGACAAAGGUGAGUGUUGGAAACUAUUUGUGAAAUUUUCAUUCCAAGAAGCAGAGAAGGAAGCAGAGGAAUACCCAAGGCUUAAGAAAAUUGGAAAAAAUGUUGUUCAAAAAUGUAAUGGGAUACCCUUAGCAAUAGUAACCUUAGGUUGCCUUCUUAGAUCAAAAUCUCAUGAUGAAAAUGAGUGGAAAAAAAUAAGUGAUAGUGAGAUGUGGGAGUUAGAUCAAGAAAAUAAUGCUAUUUUGCCAUCAUUGAGAUUGAGCUAUAAUUACUUGCCACCAGAACUAAAGCAAUGUUUUUCAUAUUGCUCUUGUUUCCCAAAAGAUUAUCCAUUUGUGGUUAUUGAGUUGAUUAUGUUUUGGAUGGCGCAUGGACUCCUUCAACCUACACGCGAAGACGAAGACGUAGAAGACAUUGGAGAGUUUUAUAUUAAGAUCGAAGCUAGUUUCAGCUUCUUUGCUUCAAAUUGA